AACUAACAACAAUACAAGCGAUGGAAUUAAUUUCCACAUUACUUCCAUGGAGACCAUUCACCUCGUCGCCCCCCACGCCCCACCCCCAACACAACCCAAUAGCAUCUGAGUUCUUGAAAUUCAAAAUUCUCCCUGAAAAUUCAUUAAUCUCUGAUUAAUUUUUUCCUAAUUUGAAUGGAUUCUAAGGACAAGAAAUCAUCAUCUGUAUCUUUUCUGGGUCCGGGCUUCAGGUUCCAUCCCACUGACGAGGAAUUGGUGCGAUACUAUUUGAGGCGAAAAGUCUGCGGAAAAUCUUUCCGAUUCGAUGCUAUUUCUGAGAUCGAUAUUUACAAAGUCGAGCCAUGGGAUCUCCCUAGUAUGUCAAAUCUGAAGACUAGAGAUUUGGAAUGGUAUUUCUUCAGCAUGCUGGACAAAAAAAUUGGUAAUGGAGCAAGGACCAACAGGGCAACUGAAAAAGGGUACUGGAAGACUACUGGAAAGGAUAGGACUGUCUACCAUAAGUCACAGAUUGUGGGGAUGAAGAAAACUCUUGUUUAUCACAAAGGCCGAGCUCCAAAAGGCCUGAGGAGUAACUGGGUUAUGCACGAGUAUCGGCUUGCUGAUAUGGAGUUGCAGAAUGCUGGAAUUAAUCAGGAUGCUAUUGUGCUUUGCCGAGUCUUUCAGAAGAGUGGUUCGGGACCAAAGAAUGGUGAACAGUAUGGGGCUUCAUUUAUUGAGGAGGAUUGGGAGGAUGAUGAGCUGGAAUUGGUUGCCAAACAGGAGGCUGCCGAAGAAGUAGAUUUUGGUGAUGAUUUCUAUUUGGACGGCCGAGACCUUGAGCAGAUUCUUGGAAACGACAUGCCGUCAGACAAUACUCCCAUUCCAUUGAACACCUACUCUGCAGACAAUGCCAGCAAUGACAAAGAAACCAGUGCGUCCAUUAGUGGAGCCCAACAGCGCAUAUUGGACAUUGGUGAACAUGAAAGUGAGCUUGAAAAGCGUGAUGACCAGAAUCUGUAUGAUUUGCCAGCUUCUUCAUAUGAUACUGUUGUAAAACCUGUCAGGCGUGAAUACAUGGUUGAAUCAAGCAACCCUAGGAAUUUCAAGGAAGUGGAUUACUUACUUGAUGAACCGUUCCUGGAUGCUUCUGAUAACGUUCAAUAUGGUGAUGGAGGAUUCGAUGAAACUAAUGAUCUCUCAAAUCCUGGUGCAGUUGAUACAUCUAAUUUUGAUGUGCUGGAGUACCUUACAUUCUUCGAUGCCAAUGAUGACAACUCACAGUAUCUCUCUUAUGAUGUUUCAAAGAUGAUGGAAAGUGAGGAUCUUAUAUCUGAUCAAGUUUUCCUCGCUCAAAAGAACGUUGAUGAAGGAACUCAGCAAGCUACUGUGUCAAGUGAACAACUCAUUGAUAAUAUGAGUAAUGAUGCUCAAAAGAACGUUGAUGAAGGAACUCAGCAAGCUACUGUGUCAAGCGAACAACUCAUUGAUAAUACGAGUAAUGGUGCGGCAUCGUCAUCGUCAUCUAAGAAAGAGCAGGCAAAAUGUCAGUCAGAUUUUCAGUAUCCUUUCAUCAAGCAGGCAAGUCGCAUGUUGGGCAGCUUCCCAGCUCCUCCAGCAUUUGCAUCAGAGUUUCCUUCAAAAAAUGCAACUCUUCCUCUAAAUUCUGCUUCCAGUUCAGCACAUGUUACGGCUGGCAUGAUUCAAAUAAGAAAUUUGACAGUCGAUGGCAAUGGCACAUACCAAUCUUUUAGCAAGAACCUGAACUUCAAUAUUGUUCUUUCAUUUGGCUUAUCACGAGGUGACAAUGGUUCUGCUAACUUGGAAUCACGGGUUAGCAUACUUUCAGGGAAGACUGUUUCUGCAACUUCUAGGGGUUGGUUCGAUUUCAUUUUCUUAUGGGUUCUUAUUCUCUACAUGAGCUUCAAAAUUGGGAGCUAUAUCUGUGCAGGGUGAAGUUCCAUAGAUGGGAGCGAAUCUCGACCAGUCUAAAGACAGUAGCCCGGUGAAAAGUUUCUUGGUGAACUUGUCGACAAGGUCUCCUUGAACUACAAAUAGACAUGCUGCAGCGUUGUUUAUUCUGAAUUAUGUUGAAGCAGUCGCUAGAAUAAUUAGUUUUUGGGUCUUGGAUUAGGCCAUCAACUGCGUUUAAUCCAUGAGCUAAGUAGUGUUGUAGAUUUAUGCUGGAAAUUGAGAUACGGUUUCUAACUUGGGAAGCAUGAACACAUAUGGUCUGUGUUUUCAAUUUACUUCUAUUCUAGCCUUCUGUAUGAGUUCAUUAUAUCAGUGGUGUUGACACCCGUUUUUCAUGCAUAUUUA